CGUGUCCUGAGCCGAAGAUGUUCCCAGAACAGCAGAAAGAGGAGUUCGUGAGUGUCUGGGUCCGAGACCCCAGGAUUCAGAAGGAGGACUUUUGGCAUUCUUACAUCGACUAUGAAAUAUGUAUUCACACGAAUAGCAUGUGUUUUACGAUGAAGACGUCUUGCGUACGAAGAAGGUAUAGAGAGUUCGUGUGGCUGAGGCAGAGACUCCAGAGCAACGCACUGCUGGUACAAUUACCAGAACUUCCAUCUAAAAACCUAUUUUUCAACAUGAACAAUCGCCAGCAUGUCGACCAGCGCCGCCAGGGCUUGGAAGAUUUCCUCAGAAAAGUCCUGCAGAAUGCACUCUUGCUUUCCGAUAGCAGCCUGCACCUCUUCCUGCAGAGCCAUCUGAACUCCGAGGACAUUGAAGCAUGUGUUUCUGGGCAGACCAAGUACUCGGUAGAAGAGGCAAUUCACAAGUUUGCCUUGAUGAACAGACGGUUCCCCGAAGAGGAGGAGGAAGGCAAGAAAGACACCGACGUAGAGUAUGAUUCAGAAAGUUCGUCCUCUGGGCUUGGACACAGUAGUGAUGACAGCAGCUCUCAUGGAUGUAAAACGAGCCCGGCUCUGCAGGAGUCCUGAGAAGGAACUCUAGGGCUACCACCUUCGGAACGAAAAUUGUGCCCAGCCAGAAAGAACGCUUGCUCAUAAUAGAUUCUUACCUAACGCCACUGUCAGUGUUCUAGGUGGUUAAAUUCUUAGAG